GCUCAGGGCCGGAGCGAGGCGUCGGGGGUGCCGCCAGCCCAGCCGCGAGCCCCCGGCCCAGCGCCUGCCUCUGGCUGAGGUCUCCCGCUGUGCACGGCGAAUGACAAUGCCCUCUGCGGUCUCGUGGGCGUAAGCCGACCUCAGGCCCGGAGGGCGCCUGGCGCGCGGUGCGCGGGGGCAGGUGUCUUUCCAGUCCCUCGGGGCGUGCUCGGAAGGGAGGUCUGGGGCUCCCUGCGCCCUCUUCGCGCGGGGCCGGCGGACGCCGAGGUCCUCGGCGCAUCCCCCAGCUCCAUCCGGCGCCCACCCGGUGCAGGAUACCUUUCCAGGCGGUCCAGUUGGGGACGGACCCGACCCGGUUCCCCACAGCUGUCCGGAGCAGACUCUCCUGACCGCGGGCGCCGAGUCACGCUUUGGCCCGCCUGCCUCUUCCAACGCGGUUUCGUGAAUGAGGCGGCGGCGGACGCGGUGGGUCGCACACGCAGCGCGGGCAAGCUGGUAUUAACAGCCUGGUUUAGCCUUCAGGAGGUGGCGGAUCCUGCCAGUCAGAGGAUCUGGCUGCUUUUCUCCUUAACCAUCUGCCCUGUUGCCGGCUCUUGAUCUGCGGACUCUAAUACAGCCCUAAGCUACUGGCCAGCAGAGAGAGUCCCCGAGGAAGAGGAGUAGCUGCCUGGCAGUGCCUUGGCAUUUAAUUCAGGGAGCUUCCUCCUGGGCAGAGGAGGCUAGUUGGGCAGGUGUGGCAGGCGUGCUUGUGGGACACCCAUUUGACACCGUCAAGAUGAGUGGAAGCUUCACCUGGAGCGCUAGUGAGUACAGACCAGGCGGUCCUCCUCGUCGCCCACCCAGGCCUGUGCCCGCACCCCGCCCCCAGAGUUCCCCAUGCCUGGCAGGGGGCAGGAAGGGCAUGAGGUGCGGCUGCAGGUGCAGAAUGUGGAGAAGCCCCAGUACCGAGGGACCCUGCACUGCUUCCAGUCCAUCGUCAAGCAGGAAAGUGUACUCGGCCUGUACAAGGGCCUGGGCUCGCCGCUCAUGGGGCUCACCUUCAUCAAUGCGCUGGUGUUCGGGGUACAGGGAAACACCCUCCGGGCCCUGGGCCAGGACUCGCCGCUGAACCAGUUCCUGGCAGGCGCUGCUGCGGGUGCCAUCCAGUGCGUCAUCUGCUGCCCCAUGGAGCUGGCCAAGACGCGGCUGCAGCUGCAGGACGCGGGCCUGGCCCGCACCUACAAGGGCUCCCUGGACUGCCUGGUGCAGAUCUACCGCCGCGAGGGUGUGCGUGGCGUCAACCGGGGCAUGGUGUCCACACUGCUGCGCGAGACGCCCAGCUUCGGUGUCUACUUCCUCACCUACGACGUGCUGACGCGCGCGCUGGGCUGCGAGCCAGGCGACCACCUGCUGGUACCCAAGCUGCUGUUAGCCGGCGGCACGUCGGGCAUCAUGUCCUGGCUCUCCACCUACCCGGUGGAUGUGGUCAAGUCACGGCUGCAGGCCGAUGGGCUGCGGGGCGCCCCACGCUACCGCGGUAUCCUCGACUGCAUGCGCCAGAGCUACCAGGCCGAGGGCUGGCGCGUCUUCACGCGCGGGCUGACCUCCACACUGCUGCGCGCCUUCCCAGUCAACGCGGCCACCUUCGCCACCGUCACCGUGGUGCUCAGCUACGCACGAGGCGAGGAGGCCGGGCCUGAGGGUGAGGCCAACCCUGCUGCCCCCUCGGGGCCCGCCCUGGCCCAGCCCUCCAGCCUGUGACUUCCUCCUGCCCUCCAGUGGGGCCACUCUGCAGUAACCCGAGAGACAUCAAGGGGCCCCUUAUCCCUCCUCAUUCAAGCUGGGGCCUGCACUCCAUCGGACCUGGGUUCAAUUCUGCCCAUCAUCUGGUGAUCUGGGCCAUGAACUUCACUCCACAGACCUCUGCCUUCUCAGCUGUGAGGUGGGACCCUCCUACCCCCACCGGUCAACCAGGAAGGUCAGAGACAGUGCGUGUGCUGGCCUAGCACCGUGACUGCCCGGGUCGGUGCCUGCGCCUGGACCUUAGGAUCUUCCCUGGAGCCCCAACACUCCAGCUGUGCUCCCAGCUCCCUCGGCUCCUGCUCUUGGCCUGCAGGCUCCCUGUGAGGGAUCUCUGAUGACUGACAGGCUGCCCAGAGAUUGCCGGUGCCCCAAGUCUUCCUCCAGAGAGAUUUCUUGACCACCCCUCUGCUCUUUUUGGGACAGGAGGCAGGACCAAGCACUCCUAUCGAGCCAGCCUUUCCAUGUGACACAGCUCAGAGUAGCCCAGCUGCCCCUCCUGCUGCAGGGUGACCUGGGGUCCUGACAGGAAGCCUGCUGGAGUCUCCCUGUCAGCCUAGGAACUGGUGGGAGAGGAGGCAGGCCAGUGGGAAGUCUCAGGAGUUAAACUGGUAGAGCAGCCCAGUGUGUGGCACACAACUAAUCCCAGGCUGCAGGAGGAUCUCAAGUUUGAGGCCAGCCUCAGCAACUUAGUAAGGCCCUGUUUCAAAACAAAAAAAUUACGGGAUAGCUGUAGCCAGAAGGCCUUUCACCUGGACCUCAGACUUCCCAUCUGCAAAAUGGGGACAGAGGUCAGCUGACAUCUGGGUUUUUGGAUCACUACCACCAGCUGGGAAUCCCCAGGGUAUGCAGAAGGCUUGGCAGAGUGGUGUGGGAUCCCCUCUAGAGACUGGAACAGCUCAGCCCACGGAGCUGAAGUUCCAUGCCUCUGCUCCCAGCAGAUGCAUCUCCCAGCCGCUCUCCUCUGCCUGGUGUCCCUAUGAGAAGUAGGGGCACAUGUUUCAGUGCCCCCCCCAGGAACUUGACCAGCUCUCCAAGGAGGCAGACUGCUUGGGGAGGACCCCAGCUCUGUACAGCUACAUGUUAUUGUGAAGAAACCAAGGAAAUAAAGUACUGAUGGUUUUGUUAAGUGGGGGAGU